CUCGUGGACUUUCUUGUUUGUGGAAAUUAUAAAUAUAUGAACUUCAUUGCAAAAGAACUCACCAAUUAACGGCUUCACUUAUCUGGAAAAAGGGUAAAAUUAUUAGUACUUUAAAUUCAUCAACCAAGUCUAAUCGAUGUCACAUCUUGGGGAUUACAGAGGAGGGGCUAAUUGGACAAGUUCAACCAAUUCAAUAUAUGAAGAUCUUGAACCUUCCUCUGGUUGGAUAGAGGAUACCGACAACCAUUAUCUACUUAUUGAUCUCCCUGGAUUCAAAAGAGAGGAGGUGAAGCUUCAAGUUGAUAUAUUUGGCAAUAUAACGGUAAGUGGAGAAAGGAAGGAAAGUGAAUAUAAAUAUAUUCGCUUUAAGAUAUCAACUAAAGCACCUGAAAAGUCAAAAUCUGAAGAUACAAGCGCAAGGCUUGAAGAUGGGAUUCUAUAUGUCAUAAUCCCAAAGGAAUUAUCAGAAAACAAAGAAGACGACCAAGUAGCAACUGAUAGCAAUUCUCAUGUAGAGAAUCAACAGAAGAAACCAGAGGAAGAAGAAAGUUCAAUUAGUGAUGAUAAAAAACAAAGUGAAAAUGGCAAAGAGGAAAAGAGCGAAGCAAGCGAAGAAGAAGAAUUUCAUGAUGCAAAAAUGGCAAAGAAUUGGCACGAAAAUAAUCUAUUGGUAGCAGCAGCAAAAGAAACGAUGAGAAAGAACAAAACGAUUAUUAUAACAGCUUUGAUAGCAUUCUCUAUAGGUGUUUUAGUUUCUCAUAAAUAUCAGUCAAGUAAAAUUGAUUGACUAGUAUCUCUACCAAAAUAAUGUUAUGUGAUAAAGAAUUCUGUACUCAACAUAUUCAACGUGCAAUAAACAUCAAGUGAACCAACAAAGUAAGUUGUAUUCAAGACCCCAGUGACAAAAUACAUCAGAUAAUUGUUGAUA